CUGGUGUUCAAACAUCAUCGCAAUUGCACAAUGUUUGCCCGUGUGCUGGCGCGCUCGUCGUGGGCGGCACCAACCCUACUGCGACCUACUGCUACGUCAUCAUGGAUGCUUGGCAGUACCCAAGAACGCUCGAUGGCCAAACUGAGUGAGCGUGCGUUGCGCCGCAAGCAGCUCCGUGAAAGCAAGAAGAAGGCGACUCGCAUCCCUCCGAUCAAGGAAACUUUGCGCAAGCUGUACCUCCGCACGCACCCCGACUUGUUUGGGCAAUUCCCGAAAGAACAACACACCAACACCGAAUCGUACAAAGAACUCAUGGGUAUUUUGGACGCGAUCUCCAACGUCCGUGGGGAAUUUCCACCUGCCAAGACGCUUGCCCUGCCGUUCUACCUGACCACCGGCACACCCGGUCAAUUCAAACAUGUUACGCUGCAUCUCAAAACUACCGGUGGUGCGUGCAACACGCUCAUGGAGACACAGCUGGGCAAGUUCUUCGAGGAGUGCGGUUGGGAGCCGUUGUUCGAGUGGAACAAGGGAUCCUGGGGGCUCACCACUACGGCGGUGCUUCCACCUGACGACACGUACGAGCGCGAAGAAGCCGUGCCGCAGCGGGCGCCAGAACCGGAGGUCGCACCGGCGUUCCGCGAACAGCCUAAAUCGAGCCAGCCUGACGAAUCCAAGAUGGAAACUCUGCUGCGAGAGCUGAACGAUGUCCUGGAAGUGAUUGCGGCCGUGCCGUACUUUGCCCACGAAGAAGAGGGCGAAUACAAGGACAUUUACGAGCUGUACACGACGGAAGACGAAAACGUGGUCAACGGGCUCAAAGAAAUCGAGCGCCGUGGGGGGUACAACAUCAUUCCGUCCACGCACAUGAUCUGGGAAGGUGAACGCGAUGUGGCCAAGUUGAUUCAGGGCUUGGAUGUGGAUUCUGCGCUCAUCGUACAACGCAUUCUCAUGCAUGCGAUCGCGAUCGACAAGAAGGUCGACGACUUUGUCCAAGCCGAGAAGGCCAAGAUGGCACGUGGUGAAUCGAGCGACGACGAGGAAGACAGCGAUGACGAAGAUAGCGACAACGUGAAGGAGGCAGAAGCGAAGAGGUCUGAGUAAAUGCCAUUCAAUAUUUGGUGGAGGUUGGAUGCGCGCGACCCGUGGUCUUGUCUAUGAGUUACUCGUGGUAGAUGACGAGACCUGCAUUCCGAAUAUGCAGCGAGCUUUUAUUCGAACGACGUGCAUUCUUUGCGGAUUUAAAAUACAUUCACCCCGGCACAGGUUUGAGGUGCUUGAUUCACCCGACGGUGGGC